UUUAGUCGGGGGACCCGGAAAUGGUGAGCCAAUUGUGGAGUCAAGGGACAGGUUUGGUGGCGCACGGGCGGAGGCCCGCGCUUCCAGCCGAGUUACCCCGGCCGAGUGAGGGGCUACAGGGCCAAGCUCUGGGCCAGUGGAGGCGUCGUCACCGCCCGUGGUAGGCAAGCCGAGGUGCACGGGCGGACACGUGUGGACGUCUGAGCGCUCCUGGACCAGGACGAGGGCACGCCGGGCCUCGUCCUCUGCGGAUUCCGCGGCAAGGUUCCUUAACGACUGCAGCUUGAAGUUCCCGUGAUUGCCGGGAGGCUGGGCUUCGGAGGAAGGUAUCAAGAAACAAUGUUUCCUUAAAUUUGCUUCUGUAUUUGCCUCAUCAAUGUCAUUCAUAUUGAGUAUCUUAAGAGAGAUGCUGGAAUAUUUUGGUGUUCCUGUAAACCAGGUUUUGCAGAUUUGGGAAAAUAAAGACUACGGAUCAGCUCGGAGUAUUGUUCGUAUUAUUGGGAAAAUUCUUCCUUUAGAACCUUGUCCCAGGCCUAAUUUUGAGCUGAUCCCACUCUUGAACUCUGUGGACCCAGCUAACUGUGGAUCUGUAGUUCCAUCUUUUGCUGACAUUUUGUAUGUGACGAAUGAUGAAGAAGCCAGUUAUCUCAGAUUUCGAAAUAGUAUAUGGAAAAAUGAAGAAGAGGAGGAAAUUGCUUCUUUCCAUCCUUUGCAACUAGUUGAAGAUCCAUUGACACCUGCUCUAAGGCAUAACAAACCAACAAAAAGUGAUUGGCCUGAAAGUGAAGCUGCAAUUAAAAAAAUAGCUGCCCUUGAAGAUGAGCUAGCUUUUCUUCGCUCUCAGAUUGCUGCAAUUGUGGGAAGGCAAGAACUGAGAAACAGUACAAAUUCUGGCUCCUUGGACUUGAAGAACGACAGGCCUGGUGGUUUGGGACACAUGCCAUCAUCAGGGACCACUCAGCUGAGUGUCGAACCAGAUUCGUUUUCAAGUUCAGUGUUCCCCUCUCCUCCUCCCCCGCCGCCUCCUCAGGUUUCUCCUCUACAGCCUCCGUGUUCUCCUCUCGUGCACACAGCCUCUAAUAAUAUUUGUGCAUCAGAUAAUUCAGCAACUGAAGUGACAGAACAGCACCCAGAUACUAGGAAAACCAAUUUUAGUCAUCAUUCAAAAAACCAGAAAAAUAAAGAUGUUCCAAACAUGUUGGAUGUUCUGAAGGAUGUGAAUAAGGUUAAGCUACGUGCUAUUGAAAGGUCCCCUGGGGGCAGACCCGUUCAUAAAAGGAAAAGACAAGACUCACCUUGGGAUCCAGUGUCUUUAAUAUCCCAUGCACUUAAGCAGAAAUUUGCAUUCCAAGAAGAAGAUUCCUUUGAGAAAGAAAAUAAUUCCUGGGAAUGUUCUCCAUUUUCUAGUCCAGAAACUUCAAGGGUGAGAUUAUAAGGUUAAAUCUUCAGUUUUUCUAGUGUGUAUUGUUCAUGAUGUAUCUUUGCCUUCAAGUUCCUUGAAGUAAUUAAUUAUGCAGAAUGGGCUUAAAAUUGUUGAUG